AUGGACAUUCCCCUCCACUAUUUCGACGAGUAUGUCGGCGACAAGCUCUACUCGUACCUCGACAACCCCUUCGCCAAGUUCGCGACGCCUUUAGCCGCCAACGCGACAAAGGCGCUCGACCUCUCCUCGACACAGGCGGCCGUCUCGUCCGUCACCCAGCUUCUCGCCACCGUCCCCGCCCUCUCCUCCCUCUCCCGCGACAGCAUCGUUCGACAAUCGAUCUCGCUCUACGGCCUGACCUACCUCGGCAUCCUCGUCCUGUACUUCUCGGUGGCGACUUUCUCCUACUACUUCAUCUUCGACCACCGCAUGAAGCUGCAUCCGCGGUACCUGCCCGAUCAAGUACAGAAAGAGAUUGCCUUCUCUCUCGAGGCGUUCCCUGUUCUCGACUUCCUCACGCUCCCAUGGUUCGUCGGCGACGUUCGCGGCUGGAGCAUGUUGUACGACACGGUGGCGGAGGGACCGUUCGGGGAGCGAGGAGGUGCACUGCCCUGGGUGUACAUGGCGUUUAGCGCCGUCUUCUUCCUCUGGUUCACCGACUUCUGUAUCUACUGGGUCCACCGGUGGCUGCACAUCCCCUUCCUCUACAAGCGCCUCCACAAGCCUCACCACAAGUGGAUCAUCCCGACGCCAUUCGCCUCGCACGCCUUCCACCCCGUCGACGGAUACCUCCAAUCCGUCCCCUACCACCUCGCGUGCUACCUCUUCCCGAUUCACAAGUACAUGUUCAUCGGGCUCUUCUCGUUCGUCAACCUCUGGUCUAUCUUCAUCCACGACUCGGACAUGCUGUGCGACCACCCUCUCGAGCACUACGUCAACGGCCCCGCACACCACACGCUGCACCACAUCUACUUCACCUGCAACUACGGCCAAUACUUUGUCUGGGCCGACAAGUACUUCGGUUCCUUCCGCGUCCCAGCAAAAGGCGACGAUCCACUCAUCGCCGUCCUCGCCGCGAUCGAGAAGAAGAAGAUCCUCGAAGGAGUCGCAGUCGAGGCUGCCUCGUCCGACAGCGAUCGCUCGUCACGCGACUCGUCUGUCGAGGCGGUCGGUCUCAAGGCGCCGGAUAUGAAGCGGAUUGAUUCGGGAUUGGGGAGCGAGACGGAGUUGGGAUUGCCGGGGAGCGGGUCGUCGAGCAAGGCUUCGAGCGUCAAGGGCGACGACGAGCCCGGCUCCGAACCGGUGGUGGAGAUUCAGGAGGUCAAGCGGCCACGGCGGGAAGGGUUGAGGGCGAGGAAGUAG